CGCUCUCUCCUCUUUACCCUCCCUCCUCCCCAUGGCCAUGAUCUGAUGAGUUUGACGAGUUAUUGAAGCUGCACGAAAAGUGAACCAACCCUGUGAACCAGUAGUUGUCCUCCCCUCUUGGGUGUCUCUUCCCACCAUGACGUCCCGCCCGAUCGUGCUGAGGUUCGAAAGCCGCAACGGCCAGUUCCGGUUGACGGCUAACCCGCAAGAUCUGUUUCCGAGUCUGCAACCACAGAUUCUAGAGCGCCUCCCUCCAGACGUCGAUCCCUCAUCCAUCGGCCUCUCCAACCGGCCCAUCGGCACCGGUGGUGAAGAGAGGCUCCUCAGCAGCUUAGAUGGGGUGGCUUUUGAUCAAGUCGGUCUUAAACACGGCGAUAAGCUCUUCAUAGGAUACCAAGAGAAUAAAGAACAGCAGAACGGCACCACCAACGGCCACAUAACCCCCAUCGCAGGGGAGUCGUCGCGGCGUCUGAAUGGCGCCCCUGUGCCCCAACCCGAAACAGUCACCUUCCGUCCUCCCCAACCGAGCUCCCCGACAGCCACGAUCAAGAAUCCCUGGGAUGUGGUGCAACAAUCGCCGUUGGACAACAUGUUGGACAAGAAGGACGGGAAAAUCCAGCGGAAACAGGAUAAGAUGUGCCGACACGGUCCUAAAGGCAUGUGUGACUACUGCAUGCCGCUUGAGCCAUACGACCCCAAGUAUUUGGCGGAGAAGAAGAUUAAGCACCUCUCAUUCCAUUCGUACCUGCGGAAGAUCAACGCCUCGACCAACAAGGCCGAGUCCGGGAGCUCGUUCAUGCCCCCGCUCAGUGAACCCUACUACCGGGUCAGGCGAGACUGUCCCUCGGGACACCCCCAGUGGCCGGAGGGCAUCUGUACCAAGUGCCAGCCGAGUGCGAUCAGCCUGCAGCCCCAAGAAUUUCGGAUGGUGGACCAUGUGGAGUUUUCGUCGCCCGACCUUAUCAACUCGUUGCUCGACUUUUGGCGGAAGUCGGGGGCUCAACGGUUAGGGUUCUUGUACGGAACCUACGAAGAGUAUAAGGAGGUUCCACUUGGCGUCAAGGCGGUGGUGCAGGCCAUCUAUGAGCCGCCACAGGUGGAUGAAGUGGAUGGAGUAACGCUCCAUGAAUGGGCCAACGAGAAGGAGGUGGAUGAGGUGGCACGGCUCUGUGGUCUGGAGAAGGUUGGAGUGAUCUUCACGGACCUGCUGGAUGCAGGUCGUGGCGACGGAUCGGUGAUCUGCAAGCGGCACAUUGAUUCCUACUACCUGUCAUCGCUGGAGAUUGCUUUUGCGGCGCGACUACAGGCGCAAUCUCCCAAGGCUACGAAAUGGAGCCGAACCGGCCGCUUCGGCUCGAACUUUGUUACCUGCGUGCUGAGCGGCGACGAGGAAGGCGCCAUUUCGGUCAGUGCCUACCAGGCAUCGGUGGCCGCCGUAGAAAUGGUUCGAGCAGAUAUCGUCGAACCGUCAGCGGAACCCUCGGUGAUGCUGGUACAAUCGGAGGAAGAUGACACCGAGAACAAGUCGCGGUAUAUCCCCGAGGUCUUCUACCGCAAGAUCAACGAAUACGGUAUCAGCGCCCAGGAAAAUGCCAAACCCAGUUUCCCAGUCGAGUACCUCCUAGUCACCUUGACACAUGGUUUCCCGACAGACUCUUCCCCACUCUUCACAGACAGUAGCUUCCCCAUCGAACACCGCGAGGUCAUCGGCGAGAGCCAGGAGCUCGUUCACGUGGCGAGGAAGUUGGUGACCCACGGCGACCCAGACAAGGCGAUUCGAGCUGUCUCGGACUUCCACCUGCUGUGCUUCCUUCACUCAUUGUCGACAUUCAACAAGGACGAAGAAGCACUGCUCUGCCGCGUCGCGACGCAACGUGCCCCCGCGGACGGGCUGCAACUGAUCAACACCCCCGGAUGGGCCACCCUGGUUACCAUUCUUCAGGAAAGUGGUGAGCGGCCCCCUAAGCGCCCCUGGCUGAGCACAGCCGAACCUUACCCGCCACGCCCAGUGCCCAACCCCGGAAAACGUUCCAUCCCCUUUACCAGGCCUAUGUCUCCCAGAUCUGAAAGUGAACAUCUUGCUAAGAGGUUUAAGGGAGCUAGUCUAGAAUAAAGGGACUAGUCCGAUACCGAUCCCACCAUUUCCAUCACCAUCUCCUACUUCCGUGUUCUCUCUCCAUCUCCGUCUCAAUACAGCCUCAGUCUCAGCCCUUUUCGAUCAAGC